UUGGUGGAUCUGACAGUUAAAAAGAAACUUCCGGUUCCUUGCGAGGUAGAAGGUUAUGAUAAACAGAUGUUUAUAAAAGGCCUAAUGCUUUGUUGAUAUACAUCAAGUUAGUUUUAUUCUGCAGAUAGUUACCAAUGAAAAUUGUACAAAUCAUUUUCAUAGGAUAAAGACGUUAAAAGAAGGAGAAAUUCCACGUUCAAACGUAGAUUCCGUAUCUACAUGUUUUGGCAAGAUAUGACACACCAGGAGUAAAAAGUCAGAAAACACAGAUAUAGUGUUUAAAUUCCGAACUGGAGGCUAUCACUGUUUAAAUAAACUAUGUCGACGACAGUGGAUCGAGGUACGGCAAUGGAUCAUGGCCAUCUUCUAGAAAAAGAAACAGAAGCCAGACUAAAAUUUGAAAAGGCUUGUCAACAAAUAGCUCUGUUGGAUCAAAAGAUCAAAGACUUGGAAGUUAGGUACAAAAGAGCCGUGAAGAAUAAGAAGAACUCUUUCAGAUACAACUUGAGAUUAAGGCUUUCUGUUGUAACUGGAGUCAAAAUGAUGUAUCACCACCAUGCCAGUACAAAGGCAGAAGAGUUGACACGAAUAAGGAGACAGAUAAACAACUCCAUUCAAAGUUCAGAAGCCACUCGAGACAGAGAAUCAAGAGAGACCCUGGACUUUGCUCCUGUACGUUUGCGUGCUCGAGAAAGAGAAGCAAGAUCAAACCACAGCCGAGCCAGUACAUCUGUGGCGGAGGCCUGUACUCAUCAUAGUGGAGGAUGUUGAAUACAUGGGAUAGUGCUUCAUUGGAAAUUAUGCUAACCCAGCAACUUAAAAAGACGGUGGAAAUUUAAUGUAGUGAAAUUGCCUUAUUUGUAAUGUUUGUUUUUGUUAGUAUAUAACUUACAAUUUAUCAUUUGUAUAUCAACAAAUAAUUGAAAAUUGUUAUGGAUUAGUGUAUUCGUAGCAUUGGUGUUAUGAUAAAAAAUGGUUCAAAGAUAUGUAAUACACAUUUGGUAACAUUAUGCAUGCAAAGGAAUGGUAAACUGUUGUUAUUAAAGGACUAUAUAUGGUAUGGGCCUAAAAUGACCCCCUUAAAGUAUUAUCAUUAUUUUACUGUAAUUCUUUGUUUCUUUGUACAGAAAUAUAUGUGAUGUUUUAACUUAAUGUUCAUUUUGAUUCAAGUGCCCACAAUUUAGAAAUACGGCAUUGUAAAGACAGCCUUUUCCCGCCAUUUUUGCAUUUUAGCAUAAAAAAGCUUGUUUUCAAGAGGUUUUUCUCUCAGGAAACAAAGAGCGCAUGCUUGAACCAACAAAAUAUUUUAAUCAGAGAUGUAUCUAGCCAAGACUAAUAAGUGACAAAAAAGUUGUCCUGGUUCAAGCAUGCGCUUUAUAUUUCCCAUUCGUAAAAAGAUGAGAAAAAUGUCAAUUUCGACUGAUUUUGAUUAAAUUUUUGAAAUAGCAUCACUUCUGACGUCAUAUACUUCAAGUGAGUGCAAAUAAAUCAAACAAAUAUGUGAAAAAUAUAUUUUAUAUGAACUCUUCUAAAUUAUAACAUAACAUUUUAUUGUAACCGAAACAUUUAAAAAAUGGUGAAUUAUGGGGGCCAAAUUUAACUCUUAUCAUAUAUAGUUCUUUUACUGUUUGAUUUGACUGAAUUAAGUGUUUGCCGAGAGAGAGAGAGAGAGAGAGAGAGAGAGAGAGUGCAGGAGUUCUCUAGAGUUUUGAUCACAUCCUUAUAAUUAUUGAAAUUUUGCAUGUUAAUAGAUUUAAAUUAAAAUUUAGAUGUUAUAAUGUAUAAUAGAUACAGUUUUUCCUCUUUCGUUGAUUUACCUAUUACCGAGAUGUACAACUGGAAUAUUCUCGGAUUGAUUACCUAUACGGUAUAGUCUUUUUUUGUUUAAUUUUGCUACAACUAUGAUAUCCAUAUACAUACAUGUAAGGUUAUUGGUACAUGUUAUUGUAUAUGAAUCUUAUUUUAACUUUUGAAUUUGUUGUUUUAUUGGUAUUUUUCAUGUUUUCAGGUAUGGUAUAAUAUGAAUUCAUAUUUUGCUUGAAAACAAUGGUGAUUUUAUUUUUGUCUAUAUAAUUUUCUCUCUUUUUAAAAAUUUAAAAAUCAAAUUUAUGAGAACAUUUUAAUACCAUUUUUGACUGAAUGAUCAAACUUACAGUAUUUACAUUAUUCAGUUGUUGGUCACAUUAAUUCAAUAAAGCUCAGUAAGGAUGACAAGUGUUGAUUUCUGUCUUGAAAAUUAUGUGUUAGAAUGUAUGUAAAGCUGAACAGGACUGGGUUAUAAACCCUAUAAUUUUUUAAAACCAAAUUGCACACCUGAAACUCAUUGAUUGACUUG